AAAAAAACAAAAAAAUACAAAUAAGUAAUUAAAUAAGUAAAUGUAUAGUAAAAUGAUUGGAGAUUUUAAUGAGUAAUAGCUAUGAAUAUGAUACGGUUUGUUUUCAGAUUCUACAUAUCACAGAUUCUAUUUUUUAUGAUCUUGGUUAAGACCCUUGGGUAUCUGUUGAAAAAACCAAUAAUCCCCUGGUGUUCAGGUAAAAAGCCAAAACUACAAAAAAAAGAGCAAAUCAUAACAAAGAGGAUUAUCAGAUAUGAUAGAAAGGAAGAGAGGUAGAAUAAAAAAAAUAUAAAACAUUAUAAAAAAAAUGGAGAUGUCAACGAUAAAGAAGGAGAGUAGAAAAAGC